CUUCCCCACGAUUUACGAACAUUCCCGCCCACAUAUGCGCGUCGUUCUUCUCUUCAGGACAACACACAGGCACAUCGACAGGUAAAAGCGCGAUCACCAUGAGGCUCACGGCAGACCUUAUCCAAUCCUCCCUCUCCUACCUCAACCCGCUCAAAGAGCGGGAGCUAGAUCUCCGAGGACACAAGAUACCGGCGAUUGAGAACCUCGGUGUUGCGGGGCCGCACGAUGCUAUCGAUUUCACGGAUAAUGAUAUCCAGGUGCUAGGGAACUUCCCGCUGUCGCCGCGGCUGCGCACGCUGCUGCUGGCGCGCAAUCGCAUAUCGGGCAUCCAGCCAUCGCUGGCGAACGCGCUGCCGAACCUGACGACGCUGGUGCUGACGGAGAACAACUUUGUGGAGCUGGCGGAUCUCGAUGCGCUGGGUCUUUUCCGCAACCUGACGCACCUGGUGCUGUUGGGGAAUCCGGUGGUGGCUAAGGAGCAUUACCGAUAUUGGAUCCUGUGGAGAUGUCCCAGUGUUAGGUUUCUCGAUUAUAAGAAGGUUAAGGAUGUGGAGCGGAAGAAGGCGGUUGAGCUCUUCGGCACGGCUGCGGAGCCUUCAGCGCUUGCCUCGAAGAUAAUGGGUGUGAAAUCCCGGACAUUCGAUAUCCCUUCAGUAAACGGCCCGUCCGCCGCCCCGGCGUCAAAGAACUACCGAGUCAAGCUCACGGACAAGGAGCGCAAGAAGGUGGAGGAGCUGAUUAGGAACGCGAAGAGCUUGCAGGAGAUCAUCCGCUUGGAGAAGGAGCUGAAUGAGGGACGGAUUCCCGCGGGUGCGCAGGGCGCGGAUGAUAUGAUGGAGGAGUAAUACAAGUACUGUCAUAUGGGGCAUGAAGAUUGUUAAGCUACGUCCUCUGUGAGGCGGGGAGUUUUGCGUUUUGCGGAUUGGGUUCAGAAAAAAGUCCUGGCGUUAGACAAAGUGUCGAGAGCUCAAUAUGGGUAUAGAGACGCUGCUCUCCAAGAAACGGGAAUAAAAAAAAAUUGAUCAU